CCUGUCAGUGAAGUUUCUAGCGCAGUGUGUCACUUUUAUUUAUUACCCAAGUUUAUAAUAUACGGUCCACAUAAUGGAGGAGAUGGGGUAUAUAGACGCCGAUGAUAGGAAGAACGCGUCAUCACAAUGGCAACUGGGAGCCACUAGCUCUUUGUCUAUCGACUCUGUGUCUUCUAGGCAGAUGAACCAGCAUUUGAGUCAUCAUCUACAUUUAUACCAAAAGAGAGAGAUCCUGUCACAGCGCCGGAACAUACCCACGUCGAUGCACGAGCGAUUGUCAUAUUACCGAACCUACGUCUCAUCGCCUAACAAAACCCAAAUUAUUUGCAUGCAGCACGUUGAAUUCAACAGAUUCCUAUGGUAUUACAUAUUCAAUGUGUUCUUCAAGAGCCUACCGCAUUCUUUCGUUUAUAUAUUCCUCGCGUCAUAUGCUGCGGACGAACAUCUGUUUCUAUCAAAAAUGGUGCCCAUAAUGCAAGGAUGUAAAUUUACAUUCCUCGUUGCUGGAUUUUUCGACCUAGUCGGAUUCAUUGAUACAGCUAUACUCCUUCUGGACUACGUGGUGUGCGGUUUACUCUACAAAAAUCCGUGGAAUCGGUGCAAAGCGGCGAGUUACUUCAACAUCCACCGAAACGUUACUAUGUACUGCUACAAUAUGUAUGACUUCGCAAAAAAAUUUGAGAACGGUACAGCACAUUUUCAAGCGUUUGCGUACAUAGAUGAAAAUGAGGAGGUGUUUCAAGUAGCUCAAGUGGAGUACUACAGACAUCGGAUCAGAAUAUGGGCAACACCACUCAGCCUUUUCUAUUUUGGUGUAAUUUGGGUCUUAGCUGCUAUGAUGCAUAGGCAAGUUUACAAGAAAUGUUUCUGGAAGAUAUUGAACACAUUGCAAUGGGUUGUGAACACCGUAGAUUUAAUAUCAUUCGUGCAUCUGACUUUGGCGUACUUUCAAGAGAGGUUAGAAGAUAUACCAGCCACGCCGAUGCCAGUCGACGAUCUCACCAACACACUAUGGAAAGCUGAUAUUGACUUGUUGGCGGAAUCGACGACAGCGCCACCUCUAGUUCACAUUCUAACAGCUAGAAGUACUCAAGAGAUAGAGCCGAGUAGAGACAGCGCGAUCAUGAUAACUUCAAACGCGAUAUGCUUCAUAUUCAGAGGUCUUCUGACUUACAGGAUCAAGAGGUAUAUUGAGAGUCAAGUAAAGGCGCCCAUAUACCAAACUGACUUUAAUCAACACUCGUGGUUCUAUUUUUGGCCUAUGUAUUUUUACACUUUGUCCUUGGGAGAUCUUUACACGAUAGCAUUUUUUUCUUUUAAUUUGAUCAUGGAGUUUUUGUCUAUAACUGUCACAUUCUUCUGUUUGGUGGAAACAAUUGUGUGUGAGUGGAAGUGGGCCCGGAGAUGGCUGGUCACCAUGGCGCUUACAGCCACAGCGGCUGUCGUCAUGUCAACAACUUCACUUCAUAAUCGUCUUCUAUACUACAUCUAUAGCAAAUUAAUAGCGACCCUGGCAGAAGUACUUAUACUUUAUUGCAUGUAUCCUUUGGGAAGGUUGGUGGAUGACGUCACUUUCCAUUAUGGCAUACCACCAACAAGAUUGAGAAUCUUAAGCCUGAGUUUUGUGCCUAUUUUCUACACGAUAAAAUGCUACACAAUGAUGGACGCUCUCAUAGAAGUGAUAGUGAAGGCAAAGUUCGUGGACAAAGAUAAGAGUUACAAAUGGACCUGGUCGCUUAUGCUAGUGCCAAUCGUGUUGGGCAUCUUCUAUACUAUUUAUGUUUAUAUAUUUAAGUUGAAGAAGCAUUGGCAACAGAUCUUUUGUCCACACCCUUCAUGGGGCCCGAAAGACUACUCAGCGAGACAGCUCAGGAAACAAUACGACUCUCGUGUUUACACUGGGUCUCAAGCAUCUCGGGUGCUCGGACGAUACCUGACUACCAAAGCAGAGCCGAAAGCAUACAAACUGGACUUGAGAUACGAUAACAGAAGAAGAUCGAUGGUCGUCAACACGGCCGAUGUGCGCUUCGAGUACGAGAAAAAAUGGAUGUGA